CUUAAUGUUAAUGGAAGUACCUUGGAAGGUUUCACUUUCACUUAUCAAUGCUUUUCUUACCAUUAUAUAUAUAUAUAUGUGUACUAAAUAAUACUAUUGUAAAUGGCAAAUGACAACUACAAACAACACCUCAUUGUUUGAUUUCACUCCUUUUUCACCCUUUAUGGAGUGGAAUUAUUACUUAAACAACACUCAAAUGACUCAUUUUAGUCCCUUAGACUCUUCUGGGAGUGAUGAUUUACAGGUUUCUGACUUCUUCUCAUUUCAAGAUUAUGGGCAUCAUGAGCAACAAACCAUGGAUUUCCAACAGACUCAGAGUUUUGGGUGUCAUGGAAAUGGGUUUUUUGAUAUUGGAGGAAGUAGCAACGUCCAAAAUGAAGGAGAGAAUAGUAAUAGUAAUAGGGAAAGCAUUAGAAACAUCAAAGAGAAGAAGGGAAGCAUAGCAUUCAGAAUGAAAUCAGAGAUGGACGUAGUAGACGACGGUUACAAAUGGAGAAAAUACGGCAAGAAAAUGGUCAAAAAUAGCCCAAACCCAAGGAACUAUUAUAGGUGUGCGGUAGAUGGUUGCCCGGUGAAGAAACGUGUGGAAAGGGACAGGGACGACAUGAACUACGUUAUUACAACUUAUGAAGCAAAUCAUAACCAUCAAUCCCAAAACUAGUUUUUACUUCAACAAGGCUCCACCAAGUUUUUUUGCACGUAUUAUUAUGUGUUGAACUUGUCUUGUGAAUUGUGAGUUGUCAAUUGUUCAAUAAACCCAGUUAGGCGCGAAUCGAAGAUAUUAGUAUAGGAUGGAUUGAUCAUUCAUUUUUUACAUGUAUAUGGAACCAACUUGACUACUGUAGUGUUGGGAUAGUUUAUCCCACAUCGAAAAAUUAAAGAUGAUGUGCACACUUUAUAAAUUAUUAGAGCCCUUUUUCCAUUGUCAUGUGGUUUUGGGAUGUUAUAUCUCUCAUUUACAAUAAGUCCAACCUAAUUUAUCAUGUAUUUUUAUUUUACAUAAGGGAAAAAUAAAAGUCAAAUUAUAAAAAUAAAGGUAAGUAAUAGUUAAGAUAUAGGAGAGAUGAAUGAUAGAAAAUAUAAUAGUAUGAAGAAACGAAUUCUUAUUUUUUUUCUUCUCCAUCAAUUUAUAAAUAUUCUUUACAUUUGACAACAACAUUCUUCAGAUUUUCUACUCCAAUAAUUUUAUUUAUUUAUUUUUAAAAUUUUUAUUUCUUUUAUAAAUAUUUACUCUUAAUACAAGCAUGACUUAAUAGAGUUUUAAUCAGAUCAUUUUGGCCAUGGCCUAGUUACU